AUUUUCUUGUUUUGCUUUUUUUUUCUUCAUUUUUGGAAUCUCCCUCAUACGGAACGUAUAAUCUACGUCCCAUUCCAGGCGAAUGUAUAUUGUACACUCCAUCAAAUUUAGUCUUCUACCCGUAGCACCACUGCAGUUGCUCUUAGAGAAUCGAACAAAUUGAUUAUAAGAUUCGAUCAACCGGAAUUAAACAAACAAAUUCGUUGUUCAGAGUUACUAUUAACAACGAUUAGAUCGAACUCAGUGGGUCAAUUUCAGGAUCGUUUUCAUUUAAAAAAAAACAGACAAAUUUGGUCACAAUCCUAUCAAUUUCAGAGAGUUUGCAGACACGAUUUGGGAAUGGUUUCAAAUAAUCAACUGACUUGUCUUAAUUGAUUGACUGAAGCUUUUAAUUCUUUUGAUUUGAAGAAUUUGAACCGGUAUUACAGAGGAAUUUUUUUUCAAAACAGAGCAGUUUCAUAAUUCCACCAGGAACAAGUGGUAGCUCAAGUGUUCGAUGAAUGGUCUGUGAAAGAAAAAAAUAAAGCAGAAGGUAUGUAAAUUAUCCUUUAGCAAUUAACAAGUUCACUAGAUUCAACUGUUUCCAAGUACAUACGAAUUACAAGGCCUGUGAUUGUUCAACUUUGUUCCAGUGUAUUUGUUUCUGAAAAAAACAACAUAGACCCGAUGAUUGCUUCAUUUGGGUUGUUUGAACUUUUAACAACUUCAAUUUUAGGUUGUAAAAUGUGUCUGGAUAGACAAGCAUGUGUACGAUAACAAACCUUAAAUCAUUUGUAUAUAGAUUGAAACUUUGUCGACAAUUGACAAGUUCUAUUCCCCCACCCACCAGGCCACCUCCUCCUCCUCCCUUACUUGGUCUGAAAGUAUUAGCGCAUAUUUCCAGCCUGUUCACGUCUAGAACAAGCAAAGCUUUUGAGUUUUGAAAGACUGUUUUCUCUUUAGAAGAUCGAAAUUUCAUAGCUGAAAUCCAUUUGGCAGCUCUGAUUCAAUUUUAUGUCCAUAUCACUAUCAGUCAAUUAUGCAAAACUUGGUUAUAUAUGGGUGUACAGUAUUGUAACAUAGACUGUAUAAUAUUCCCUCCGUUCCGUUGUAGUUGAUGUUGUAGAGUUUUUCACGCGGAUUAAGAAAUAACAAAGAAAAUAAUUUUUUUCCAAAUUCACCCAUAUUAAUAUCUUCUUAAAAUUUUAAAACACCUGGUUUUUAGUAAAUAAUUAACAAAGAUAGAGUAUAUAUCCUCCAUGAAAUAUAUUUAACAAUUGAAUUAAUUAACCUAUUUGAUGAUUACAAUGAGAAUUAAUGUUAUGGUGUGAUUCCAAAACAGGGGUAAAUUAGUGAGAAUUUGAGGAAAAUACUUAAACUCUCAUCUAUUUUGGAAUACAAAAAAAAUUCUAAAACAUCAACUAAACUGGAGCGGAGGGAAUAUGAAUCUAUCGGUGUUGGACACCAAAUAUCUUAUGUUGGUCAAGUAUGUGUUGGACACUAAAUUUCCUAGUACAACAAUAUAUAAUGCUAAUCGCAGUUUACUGCUGGACAAGUGAAAUUUGAUGUUUCUUGCAGCUUGCAUAUCUAGGAGGCACACGCUGCGCCCCCACUCAUAAAGGAUACAGGGUCUUGGGAUGAUGUAAAAUAUUGCAUUUCAAAACUGGUAGGCAUGUGUCUAUGCACACUCUUGUGAGCAGUAUUCAGCACAAAUGUGGAGUGUGUAUCCUGUAAGAGUUUAAGGGAAUGGUCGACCAUUUGUUCCUUCGUCGGCCCCCACUGCUGUAGCAGUCAUCUAGUGCUAUUCAACUUUACUUUUUUUAUCUUUUGGACGACCUAAUUCGGAUUCUCCAAAGCUUUUUAAAUAUUCCUGUCUGUAAUUCGGCAUGCCCAAGGAUCAAGCUCAUCCAAUUUCAUGUUCUAUCUCCGUCUGGUACUGAAUUCCUCAUAUUUGUCAUCAAUUCAGGAUGAUAUGGCUUUAUGCAACUUUGGUGAUUCCUUUAAUGGGUGUGUAUUAGGUUUAGAAUAACUAGCUUAUAUAUGGCAGACCGGGGCAAAUUUGCAAAAUUGAGUUUCAAAUGAGGAAGCUAUUAAGUGCCGUCUCAAGAAUGAACUCCUACGGUCAUCGCCUUCUGAGAAUCAGGGUUGUGUUGAAAAUAUUGUGGGAAAGAAGUCUUGAAUUGUCUUGACAUGUUGAGGAGUGUGGGAGAUGGCGACUGGAAGUUGAAACAAGAUACUGAUGAGUAUCGUGUUAUGUAUCGAGAAGGACCUCAAGGGAAUCCGUUACAUUCACUACUUGUUGAAGGCUUUGUUGAUGGUCCUACAGAUGUUUGUGUAUGUCUUGGAUGGGAAGUAGCUCUAUUUCAUAGAUGGUGGCCUCGGUUCAACUUUCCUACUUUCAAAAUCAUAGAAUCUAAAUGUGUCCAAAAGGUUCGAAUUGGCGAGCAGAUUGCUUUGGUGAGGAUGAAGUGUGCCUGGCCUUUCUCAGCUAGAGAGGUUGUUGUGCACUGUUUUGAAGUGACUAAUACAGAGACUCAGAGAGUGUUGAUAGAAGUACACAUGGGUUCACCAAUGAUGGGUUACCUGAAGUACAAGAGGCAGAAUUCUCCAGCGAUGGCGGCAUUUUGCAGGACAUUAAUGACAAUGGAUAUGAAGCUGGAUUCUGUACCCCCGUCACUAAUUAAUUUUUUGUCGAGGCAGAUCAUAGGCAGUGGUUUUGAGCUCUAUAAAAAGGCUGUUGCAUCCGUGGCUAAAGGUGAUGAGGAUUUCGGCAAGGCCUUAAAGGACACAUUGUGUGUUCGAAUACACAAGUACCAUGGAAAAUCUGAAACCGAAAGUUUACCAGCUGAUGCAACAGUUACAGCCAAGUCUUCUCUUGGUGAUCAUCUGGUCAUUCGAUGUAAGCAGGCAGAUACCGUUUCAGAUGGGAUUGAAUCUUUUGACCAAUAUUCAUCCCGUUUAACAGGGGAACGGAUUAACAAAGAGAAGAAGGUGGUUAUCAGUGCAGAGGUUGAACAUGCUAUUGGCAUAUUAAACAAUGUCAUUUCAAUGGUCAGGGGAAGUGGGAUUAACAUCCAGACCUGGUCUGGAUUAGGCUCUACCAAUCAAGAACUUGUAAAUUCUGGAACGAUACCUCAAGAUCAUUCUGGCGUUGCAAUUUUUGUUGAAGCUCUCAAAACAGACAAAAAGGAUGCCAAUUUGAGCAAACACCAUUCUGAAGUUAUCGUCGAAGUUAAUGGAAUCCAUGAAGGUAGUAACAUUAAUUAAUGGUGGAGAAGAAUCCAGGCAAAGAAAGAAGCACCGAUUUUGUUGCUUUCGCUCUGCUGCAGAUCAGUAGAGAAAAAUCAAGGCAAAAAUAUAAGCACAAUUUGCGUUUGAUUUGUGUGUGGAUAACUAUGAGCAAACCAAAUUCUUUCGCUUCUCCAGCAGUGUAUAUCAUAGUAAUGCAUUCUGAAGCUUUACCCAGUUAAAGAAUCUGUUACAAAACA